AUGGACAAUGCACUAUUGCCUGCCCAGUCCCUUAUUAUCAUGUACAAUGCACCAUUGCCUGUCAAGUCCUUUAUUAUCGUGGACAAUGCACCAUUGCCUGUCAAGUCCUUUAUUAUCAUGGACAAUGCACCAUUGCCUGCCCAGUCCAUUAUUAUCAAGGACAAUGCACCAUUGCCUGUCAAGUCCCUUAUUAUCAUGGACAAUGCACCAUUGCCUGUCGAGUCCCUUAUUAUCAUGGACAAUGCACCAAUGCCUGUCAAGUCCCUUAUUAUCAUGGACAAUGCACCAAUGCCUGUCAAGUCCCUUAUUAUCACGCACAAUGCACCAUUGCCUGUCAAGUCCCUUAUUAUCGUGGACAAUGCACCAUUGCCUGUCAAGUCCUUUAUUAUCGUGUACAAUGCACCAUUGCCUGCCAAGUCCCUUAUUAUCAUGGACAAUGCACCACUGCCUGUCAAUUCCUUUAUUAUCGUGGACAAUGCACCAUUGCCUGUCAAGUCGUUUAUUAUCACGGACAAUGCACCAUUGCCUGUCAAGUCGUUUAUUAUCACGGACAAUGCACCAUUGCCUGCACAGUCCCUUAUUAUCGUGGACAAUGCACCAUUGCCUGCCUAG